CCAAAAAACUAAAUCGCCAGUCAUUGCCAUGGCCAAAGCUGCACGGCCGAAACGAGCUUCGCGAAAACCACGGAGAGCUCCUCGUGGGCAGAGCUGGAAGAAACGUGGCAGGAGGAUUCGCUCUCGUGUGGCAGAAGAGAGCGGCGAAGAGAUGGUUCAGGAAGAUGGUCCUCAUGUGAAGGAGGAGCCCAUCCUCUUUGAGCACCUCACGGCCGAGCAGCAAGACGCUGCGCGGAGGGCCUUGCGAGGAGAGAAUCUCUUCCUCACAGGCGCAGCUGGAACCGGGAAAAGUUUUUUGCUUCGGUACCUCAUACAGGAGCUGGAGCAACGUUUCCCAGAACAGGUGGCAGUGACAGCUUCCACGGGUGUUGCUGCAUCGCAUUUGGCUGGGCAAACACUCCACAGCUUCGCCGGCAUAGGGAUAGGCUGUUCAACGCUGAGAAUGGCCCUGAAGAAGGUGCGACAGACCUCCGGUGCUGAAGCUCGCUGGACACAGACGCGUGUUCUGGUGGUGGAUGAGAUUUCCAUGGUGGAUGCCAAGCUUCUGGACCUUUUGGAGGGCCUGGCAUGCAACCUACGGGGCAAUCGGCAGGCCUUUGGCGGCAUGCAGGUCCUCUUGUGUGGUGACUUUCUUCAGCUUCCGCCGGUGCAAGAGCGCGGAGGCGGCGCCAGGUCCUUCUGCUUCACAGCAAAUGCUUGGCAGAAGGCCAAUCUGCAGCAGGGCACAGUGCUGUUGCGCGAACCUGUGCGGCAGCAAAGUGAUAGCGACUUCGCUGAGGUUCUGAAUGACAUGAGACUUGGCAUCGUCUCCGAAAAAGCCAAAGCCAUGCUGGAGAGUUGUCAUGUCGACUUGAAACCGCUGCCUUCAGACGACAUCUUACCGACCAAACUGUACUGCAGCUCGGCCGACAUCCACGACAGGUUCGUCCUGGCAUAA